AUCGAUGAAACAACCAAUAUAUGAACAUAACAUCGGAGGUGGUGUAUGGAGAUUAAAAUGGCAUCCAAAGAAAGAUUAUUUAUCGGCGGCCUGUAUGCAUAAUGGAUUUCAUAUAAUUGAGGUUGACGGUGAUAAAACUAUGAGGACGGCUUGUAGUUUUACAAAACAUGAAUCCCUCGCUUACGGAAUCGAUUGGAAUUAUUCUGAUAAAUGGAAAAUUGAAAAAUCAUCAUAUCCAUUACUUGCGAGCUGUUCUUUUUAUGAUCAUGUCGUGCAUCUUUGGUAA